AUGUGCCCUGCGCUGCGGUUGCGGGUGUGGCUUUUCCUCAACGGCGGCGCGGGUGGUGGUGGAUACCCACACCGGCAAGAAAAGUACGCUAGCAGAGCGACUACCAUCCACAGCCAGGCCGUGUCUGCGGCCCUUCUGGCCCGGAUGCGACAUGCUGCUUUUCCGCAGCCUGAGAAGUCGAAACUUUUACCCUUUUCAGACGGGAUAGUGGAUCUCGGGUCCGUUCAGGGUCAAGGGGGGAAGGGGAGGGGACGGGGGGAGGGAUGGAUCGUAGCAAGAAAGUGUUUAAAAGAGGCCAUCACUGGGGGGGGGGGGGGCUGGGGAGACGGGGGGGGAGGGGGGGGGGAAGGGGGGGGGGGGGGGGGGGAGAGGGGGUGGGGGGGUAGUGGGUGUUGA